UUUUAACGAUAUCAAAGUUUUUUGUAUCAUUUUUAUUGGUUUAGAACUUUAUAAGACACAUUUUUUCAGUUUCUGUUCAAAAGCAGCUAGUGACAGAAGAAUAUUCCCAAAAGCACUGAAAAUCGCCGAUCCUCCAUUGUACACCGAAAUCGGUGUUCAAUUUGGAUUAACGAAAAGUAGGCCACUGCAUAAUAGUAAAAAAUGACUGAUUCUGUUAGUCAAGAUAUUUUUAUUGGUGAAAAAAUGAUUCAACUGGGAUUGCUUCUUCUACUCUGCGCUAGAGCUUUCGCAUAUCCUGCGCUUACGUCUACGCCUGAUCCUGCUUCUGUGAAUUCAGAUUCACUUCCGACCGCUUUUAUGGCCUCGGCUCCAUCUACGCCUGAUGCUAUGUCUGCGGCUGCACCUACGGCUAUGCCAACACCCACUUCUAUGCCUACGGGUACACCUACGCCUACUUCUACGUCAACGUCUACCUCUUCGUCUUGUCAACAUUGUACAAAUGUGCAAAUCGUGCAGGAUUUCGAUCUUGAAAAAUUCCAGGGACGUUGGUUCGUAUUAGGGAAAUAUGCUACUGCUGCUAAUGCGUUAAAAAAAUGCAUGACUCCAUACUGGUCGCUGAACGAGGAAGGUACAUUAGCUGCUGAAAUCGACCUAAUAGACGGGGUAAACAACGUAGCAAUAACAUAUACCGGCGUUUCGACAUUCAUUGGAACUGAAGGAAGAUAUACUGUAGAAUACGAUAAUGUAGAUUAUGGAGAACACUGGAUUAUAUAUACAGACUAUGAGCGUAUUUCCAUCUUAUUCUCUUGCGGUGAUAUAGCAAUUGUCGGAGAAACUAAUCUUAUUAUUUUGGGAAGAGAGCAACAGAUAGAUAAAGAUUCUUUCGUGGACGCUUUGCAAUUUAUUAUAGAUCACCAGCUCAACAAUGUGCCACUGGUUAUAGAAGAUUGGUCAGAAUGUCCAGAUUUGACCUGCUGAUAAAUUUUUCAUGGAAUUUUUGCCCUGAUGAAAUUCGCAUUAACAAAGAAUUGAUAAAAGUGAUCUGUUUGAACGUUUUUAAUCGAAUACAGAAUUAUAAUUCAAUACGCUCAAUUACGUAAUCACAUGUAAUAUCUUCACUUACCAGUAAAUAUUUUAUUUUCUCCUUGA